AUGCCGGUGGCAAAGCUUAUUCUUAACUACUUGGAAGAUGAAGACGACGGGAGGACGCCAAGGGGUGACUUUACUCCUGUGGCUGUUAAUAACAAGGGAAGAUGUUAUCGACGAGGAAGGCGUGCGAGGACUGACGGCAAACUGGACAUUCGAUUCAUCAGUUACUGGUCGGAUGGCAAGGAAAUCAGUGGGAAGUUUUGUGACAAUCAUCUACGCGUGUGGUGUAAUGACAAGUGCGACCCUAAGUUUACCAUUUGCAUUGAUGGGUUAAAGAUUGAGGUUCGUGCCUACUGUGACCGGGACUGGUACGGGUCUGCGUGUGAGAAACAUUGCAAGGCCACUCCUGACCACAGUCACUACACGUGCCACACACACACAGGAGCUAAAAUGUGUUUUGAAGGAAGGCGAUGUGAAAACAUCAUCAACCAGUGUGUACUGGCACCAUGUCUGAACGGAGGGACAUGUCACGGAAACGAAACAGCCUUCAACUGCACAUGUUCUGUAGAGUGGACUGGCGAGACAUGCGCAGAGAAGGUGAAUUACUGUGACAGCGACCCCUGUAACAGAGGGAAUUGUACACCGGACUUCCUGACGGCAACUCGGUUCAAGUGUAACUGUGAUUUUGCAUGGAUAGGGGAAAGAUGCAGUCAUGCUGUUGAUAUUAUCAACAUCACGCUCCUGGGUGAGAUUGAUCAUACAAAAAGAGGUGACUUGGCUUUUGGCCUGAACAGACUCAUCACCGAACUCGGGGGAAUUCCUGGAAAAGUGGAUGUCAAGUUUACAACAAACACACAGAAAGAAAGCAAUUAUACUACAACGUACAUACAACUCUAUUUUGCUUUGGAGAACGGCUCCAUUCUAGAGAGUGCUUCAUUAAUUAUGAUCUUCGAAUCCAACCCUGACGAGGUCAUCAAUGAAUAUCUGCCUCUUCCAGUGUACCCACGUCAACAAGAAGAGAAGGCGAAGAUUACGGUGAUCCAAACGAUGGCAACAGAGAGAUUGUGUAACAGAUGGGAAAACGGCCGUUACGUGAAGACCAUUGGAACUCCUUUAGGAUUUGUCCUUAUGACUGUACUAUUUCGGGUGGUUUUCUGGGUCUGGAGAAAAAGAUCACACACCUCUGACCAAUUCUUGGAAGACGAUCAAAUCAGCCUUUUUGUAAUGGAUGUGGCAUGCAACAGGAACCUAAACAGACCAGGUAACGUCACAGGCACAGUACGUCAGGAUGCAAGCGUAUCUCCAGAUGGAUACACAAGUCUUCACUUCAAUGUCCAUGAUGGAUCACUCGACACAGACUGUGAUGACACAUCACACAUCCACAUAGCAACUGAAGAUAUGAUAUUCGAUCCAGUGCUUCAAGAUGACAACAAUCUUCACGAUGACGAGGCAAACCUAGAUAACCGCCUCCACGUUGCCUCAUACAUCCAACCAGUCCCUGAGGAUAUUACCCUUGACCCGGGGAGUCAAGAGGAUGAGCAGAGUACACUGUCAUCGAUGACAACGAUGUUGAGGACCCCUUACAGGAAAACCCUUAUGAAACGAUAGAAUCUUUGGAGGACAACGAUGUUGAGAACAUCUCACAGACAAACCCUUAUGAAAAGAAUUUUUUUUAGCUCCCUAUGACGAUGUAUUGGUCAACCAAUAAUGGUGUAAGAUAUUAAUUGCUUCUUUUAUGCGACUGAUAGGUGACCGGAAGUGCCAACAUCAAACUGUCAUCGCAUGCAGUUCAAGUGCAUCAGAUCAGUUAAUAGCUCGGUGCUUAAAGUCUUGUCUUGCACGUGGGCAGACCAGGUUCUAGUUCACAGGUUGUGAACACCCAAAGGAGGAUCUAUUAAGAAUGAUCUAAUGAUUGUGGGUAAGCACAGUGUAAAUAUCAAGGCCAAAUGCCAGGUUACCUAGAGCACUGGUUAAGUCUUCAGUAAACCCUUUCCGAUGUCCUGCUGGUACAAUGUGUGAUGUAAUUAUAAACAGAUGAAGUUUUACUUAACUUGGACAUCGCAUUGCACGUGUUGAUUUGUGCGUUGUAGGCUGACCGGGUUCUAAUUCCAAGUUGGGCCCAUGUUGUGAACACUAUGUGUAAGAUCUACUUACAGUGAUCUAAUGAAUCUAGGAUACCUGUUACGAUUCCCCAUUGGUACAACGUACGAUGCCGAUUCAUGGUGAUCCCCGCCGUGAGUGGAUGGAAUAUUGUUUAUGCUCUCUCUGACGCUACAUAGUCAUUAGCCAUGGUAUGUCCAUACAUUUUCUUUAUUUACUGAUACAGACGGAGACUUGUUUUUAAAUACGCCUCAUUAAUCUAAGUAUAUUCUGUAUUAGCCUUAUGCAGGUUUGACUAACAUUUCAGACUAACUGCAAGUUCAGGUUUGCAAAUAAAAUUACUCUUAA